AUGAAGAUGGAAAAAAAGGACCCAGCCACGCUGCUAGAGCUUGCUAUACAAGGUCUACUGAGUAAUGAGUCUGCAGCAAUCCAUGCCCUUGAAGAAAUCCCAAGAGAACUUUUUAUUCCUUUGUUCAAUGCUGCCUUCAAGGGUGAACAUAAGAAGAUAUUGGAAGCCAUGGUGAAGAUUUGGCCCUUUUUCUGUCUCCAUAUUGGAACAUUAAAAAUAAAAGCUUCACACUUUGAACUCUUGAAAGCCAUGGUUGAUAGUCUUCAGUUCAUUCAUGCUCAGAACUCUGCUUCUCGGACGCCUAAACUGAGGAUCUUAGAUUUAAGGCAAGGCAUUGACUGCAGGACCACAUGCCCUGAAAUCAGCAGGAAGUCCCCUAUCUGUUUGCAUUCAUGUGAUUACUCUGAACAGUCUAUCCUGAAAAUAGAAUCCCAGUUCAGUCAUGUACAUUCAAAUUCUGAAAUUCAGUCAACCAAGCAAGCAAUGGAAUUAAUAGUGGACCUUUCCCUCAAAGUAAGAUUGAAGGAGAGGGGAUUUCUCUUGUCAGUUUCCAGUAAAGUUCAUCAGAGCUUAGGGUCUUUGCACGUCUGCUGUCGAGAUUUGAAAAUUGAUGCAUCAUCUGACUACAGAAGUAUAGUGGAAAUUCUGGAUCUUCUCUGCCUUCAGAACCUGGCCAUUGAGAAAGCUUCUCUGAGUGAAGUCACCAACCUUUUAUGUCAGAUUGAGAACCUGGACAGGCUUAGUCUAUCUAAAAUCACCAUUAGAUCUUUGAAUAUAAAAAUCUUCAGAUGCUUUCUCAGGCAACUUAGGAGACUGGACAACCUCGAGGAGCUCAACUUGUCUUCUUUCUGCCUGACAAAUAAUCUGGAAAAUCUGCUCAGAGUCCUGCAACCAACAUUGGAGUACUUGUCUCUAUGUUUCUGUGAGUUUUCUCACAGUGACUUCACAUUUCUGUCCCAGUACUCUGAAUUCAAAUAUCUAAAGCUAUUGAACCUCAGUCAUAACUCAAUGUUUUUGGGAGAUUGUGAAAAUAUUAGGAUUCUUCUUGAAAAUAUUUCAGGUACCUUGAAGCAUUUAGCAAUAAAUCAUUGUUUUUUAACAGAUUCUACUAUAUCUGUUCUCCUCCCAGCCCUGAGCCACUGUUACCAUCUCCGGAUGUUUAGCUUUGCUUCUAACCCCAUUACAAUGUCCAUGCUCUUGAGAAUUGUGCAGCACUUAACACCUUUGAUGGAACUGAAGUAUGUGAUUUAUCCUAUCCCUCUACAUUGCUAUAACGGAUGGUAUUUUAAUGGCAAUUUAGACCCAGAGAAACUAACUGAUGUGAGAGCACAAGUGAAAAGAACGGUAAAGGAAUCUCAGAGGGAGGACAUGAACUGGCUCACUUAG